AUGUUGUGGGUCGACAAAUAUCGACCAGUUCAGCUGGACAAGUUAACUUACAACGAUGGCCUGACACAACAGCUGAAACGAAUCUCUGCGAAAGAAAACGUUCAGAACAUGUGCCAUUUACUGUUCUAUGGCCCCCCUGGUGCAGGCAAAAAGACGAGAAUCAUGGCACUGCUGCGUGAGAUUUACGGUCCUGGUGUAGAGAAACUGAAGGUGGAGAUCAAGAACUUCAAAUUCAAGUCGAGCUCUGUUGACAUCACCUUCAUCACGAGUAACUACCAUGUCGAGAUCAACCCCAGCGAUGUCGGGCCCUACAGAGAUCGUGAUGUUGCCCAGGAAGUGAUCAAGGAGAUAGCUCAGAGCCAUGCACCCUCAAACUCAGCUGCCGUGCAAUUCAAGAUUGUUCUGCUCAACGAAGUUGACAAGAUGUCUCGAGAUGGUCAAGCGGCCUUGAGAAGAACGAUGGAGAAGUACACCAGCGCGUGUCGUUUCGUUCUGGUCUGCAACAAUGCGAGCAAGGUCAUCGAGCCGCUAAGAAGCAGAUGCAUUUGUUUGAGAGUCCCCGCGCCUCGCGACAAAGAAGUAGAAGAAAUCUUAUGCAACGUGUACCGCAAGGAGGUAAAGAAGGAGCUUCCGGUCGAAGCGGCAACGAAGAUAUCAAACAUGUCCAAUCGAAACCUUCGAAAAGCCUUGUUGAUGCUGGAGUCAACCUACGUCAAGUUCGGAGUGGUCGAUGAAUCGUCUCAACCACAAUUAGCGGAUUGGGAGGUGUACGUGGGAAUGAUCGCUCACAACAUCCUUGAGGAUCAAUCGCCUAAGAAGCUCCUGGAGAUCAGGGGUCAAUUUUACGAGCUGCUGGCGAGCUGCAUCCCACCGGAGCUAAUCUUGCAGAAGCUGGCGCUUGAGCUGCUGAGAAAGCUGGAUGAUAGUGUCAAGGUAGAUAUCCUACAGAAUGCUGCCUUCUUCGAGCAUCGUCUGCAACUUGGUUCGAAGCCAAUCUUCCACUUAGAAGCUUUCGCUGCCAAGGCGAUGGUGAUCUACAAGAAAUGGUCCAUCGAGUUCAUGGAGAUGUGUGAUGAGAUGGAUGAUUGA